AUGACAAUUAAAUCAACAACUAUUUUACUUUAUUACGAAUUAUCUGAUAAAGAUUUAUCGUUUCUUAAACAAGAACGUGAAUCUGAUCCAUCUCAUUUUUUAAUCAAUCUUAUUGAUUCUACAGGUCAUGUGAAUUUUUCAUCAGACGUUACCGCCGCUUUACAUGUUACCGAUGGUGCUCUUGUCGUUGUUGAUUGUGUUUCAGAUAUAUUAUGA